UGACUUUUCCUUUAUUGGUUUUCCAGUGAUGGCAGCCAGGACCCCCUCAGAGCCAAGACCUUCUCCAGAAGGUGACCCCUCUCCACCGCCACCACCAGCACCGAUGUCAGCCCUGGUUCCUGACACACCCCCAGAUACCCCUCCUGCCAUGAAGAAUGCCACUAGCCCCAAGCAGCUCCCACCAGAACCAGAGAGUCCCCUAGGGUUGGUCGGACCUAUAACCCCCCACCAGGAAGAGUCCCCUUUCUCAGAAGUGAAGAUCAGGGGACCCACCCCACCAGCCACAGGCCCACGGGAUGCUAGGCCUCCCCGAAGAAGCAGCCAGCCAUCCCCAACGGCAGUGCCAGCCUCCGACAGCCCUCCCACCAAGCAAGAUGUAAAGAAGGCAGGAGAAAGACACAAACUGGCAAAGGAGCGGCGAGAAGAACGGGCCAAAUACCUGGCGGCCAAAAAGGCAGUGUGGCUGGAGAAGGAGGAGAAGGCCAAGGCCCUGCGGGAGAAGCAGCUGCAAGAGCGCCGUCGGCGGCUAGAGGAACAGAGACUCAAAGCUGAGCAGCGCCGUGCAGCCCUGGAGGAGCGGCAGCGACAGAAGCUCGAGAAAAACAAGGAACGCUAUGAAGCAGCCAUUCAGCGGUCAGUAAAGAAGACAUGGGCAGAAAUCCGGCAGCAGCGCUGGUCCUGGGCAGGGGCCCUGCACCACAGCUCCCCAGGACACAAGACCAGUGGGAGCAGGUGCUCCGUGUCGGCAGUAAACCUGCCCAAACACGUGGACUCUAUAAUCAACAAGCGGCUCUCAAAGUCCUCUGCCACGCUUUGGAACUCCCCCAGUAGAAAUCGCAGCCUGCAGCUGAGCGCGUGGGAGAGCAGCAUUGUGGACCGACUGAUGACGCCCACCCUGUCCUUCCUGGCACGGAGUCGCAGUGCGGUUACACUGCCCCGAAAUGGCCGGGACCAGGGUAGGGGCGGCGGCCCUGGGAGAGCCUCCACGAGGGGCCGGGCAGGGGCCAGCCUCGCCCGUGGGCCACGCCCCGACCGCACUCAUCCCUCCGCAGCAGUGCCGGUGUGCCCACGCUCAGCCUCCGCCAGCCCCCUGACAUCAUGCAGCGCCCCGCGAAGCGCACACCGCUGCGCUCCCGCUGGGGAGCGCCGCAAGCCCAGCGCGGGGGGCAGCCCGGUUUUGGCUCGCCGCCGGCCAGAGGCCUCGCCGGGGCAGAAAAAGGAGAAGAAGGACAAGGAGCGGGAAAACGAAAAGGAGAAGAGCGCCCUGGCUCGGGAGCGCAGCCUCAAGAAGCGCCAGUCGCUGCCCGCCUCCCCCCGCCCCCGCCUCUCGUCUGGGCCGGCCUCGGAGCUCAGCCCCAAAUCCAAGGCCAGGCCAUCCUCUCCUUCCACAUCCUGGCACAGGCCUGCUUCUCCCUGCCCCAGCCCAGGGCCAGGCCACACUCUGCCCCCCAAGCCACCGUCCCCCAGAGGAACCACUGCAUCACCCAAGGGGCGGGUUAAGAGGAAGGAUGAAGUAAAGGAGAGCCCCAGUGCAGCAGGGCCGGAGGACAAGAACCAGAGCAAAGGCAAGGCCAGCAGUGGGAAGGAGCCAGCAGCCUCGGCCUCACCAGCACCCUCGCCUGUGCCCUCACCCACUCCGGCCCUGCCCCAGAAGGAGCAGCCCACAGCUGAGAUCCCUGCAGGCGGGCAUGAAAAGCAGCAGCUGAAAGAUACUGCUGUCCCGACCUCACCCCCAGCCCCCGCUCCCCCUGCGGCCCCUAGCAAACCCAUGGCAGGCACCACCGACCGAGAAGAGGCCACUCGGCUACUGGCUGAGAAGCGGCGCCAGGCUCGGGAGCAGCGGGAGCGCCAGGAACAGGAGAGGAGGCUGCAGGCUGAAAGAGAUAAGCAACUGCGAGAGGAGCAACUGGUGCGGGAGGCUGAGGCCCGGGCGGAGCGGGAGGCCGAGGCCCGGAGGCGGGAGGAGCAGGAGGCCCAAGAGAAGGCGCAGGCGGAGCAGGAGGAGCAGGAGCGCCUGCAAAAGCAGAAAGAGGAGUCCGAGGCCCGGUCCCGGGAAGAAGCCGAGCGGCAGCGUGUGGAGCGCGAAAAGCACUUCCAGCGGGAGGAGCAGGAGCGGCAGGAGCGCCGGAAGCGGCUUGAGGAGAUAAUGAAGAGGACUCGGAAGUCUGAAGGUGCUGAAACCAAGCAGAAGCAGGACAGAAAGGAGGCAAAAGCCAACAACUCCAGUCCAGACCCUGAAAAAGCAGAGGAGACUCGGCCCUCAGGGCAGCAGAAGGAGGCUGUGCAGAAAGAGGAGCUGGCCCCCCAGGAGCCUCAGUGGAGCCUGCCGAGCAAGGAGUCGCCAGGGUCCCUGGUGAAUGGCCUGCAGCCUCUCCCAGCCCAUCAGGAGAAUGGCUUCUCUCCUAAGGGACCCUCUGGGGACAAAAGUCUGGGUCGAACACCGGAGACACUCCUGCCCUUCGCAGAGGCAGAAGCCUUCCUCAAGAAAGCUGUCGUGCAGCCCCCUCAGGUCACAGAAGUCCUUUGAGGGGCGGCCUUGGCUCCAGGCGCAGCUAUGAGGGCUCCUCUGCAUCGUCUGCCAGGAUGUCUGGAAGAGAAAGAGACAGAAACAAGCCGGAAGUGGCCUGGGCCCCUGGGGUGGGUCCUCUCUGUUGUUUUUAAUCUGCACCUUAUAGACUGAUGUCUCUGGCUGGAGCCAGCUCCUGCCCCUCAGUGCAUUCGUGUGCUCACACGCGCGGACCCCCACACACACAUACACUCACAGCCUCUCUGGCCUCCCCCUGGGGAAGGGCCGCCUGUAGUAUUGCCUUGAUUUGGUGGGUACAGUGGAUGUGAAUACUGUAAAUAGCUUGUGCUCAGACUCCUCUGCUUGGAGGGGGUGGGUGCAGGAGGCAGACCCUCCCAAGACUCCCUGGGGAGAUCUUCCUCUCUCUAUUUAACUGUUACCGAGGGGGAGCCAGGGUUUGGGGGUGGGGGGCACCUUGGGCCACAGGAUACUGGUUGCUUUAGGGGUAUCUGUGCCUCCCGCCCUCGCCUGGAAUCAGUGUUACUGCAUCUGAUCAAACGUCUCCAGAAAUAAAGUGAGAAUAAUUCUGCCA